GCGGCAUGGGCCAUUCGCGGCUUGGUCGCAUGACGGGCAUGUUGUUAACUCGUACGAGUUGACGAUUGUACAACGAGACCGGCUUAAACAGUAUAACCACAUUAACUAUAGCACAUAUCGUGUGAAUGCUGUUCCUGUUAUAAUUGCAAUUAUAAAAAAUAUCUUAGUUCAAAUUAAUUCAUUUAUUACGGAAGGAAAAGAUACCCUUGCAUUUGGUACAGGAUUUUUUGCUGUAGCAGUAACAGGAACAAAAUGUGUUCUUUAUAUGUGUUUACCAGAGCAAAAAAAAAGUAUAAUUAUUCUAAUGCGGUCAUUAGCCUAUUGGCCUUACCCUUUGCACGACACCCCACCCGUGAUGUUAUGCUUUGGCCGACUUAGUGAGAGACAACAGCUAGCUUGGCGGUAUCAACGGACGACGCCGUCUCCCGGUAUUAUCUGAUCGUGUUGAAGCUGACGCCUGCAUCCACCGAUGAUGUAUUGCAUACGACCGUGAGAGAACGCUUGUCCGUGGGCAGUAGGGCGCGAUUGAAUGAUGCGUUAUAAAUGUGUUGAACAAGCUGAACGCAGUCCCAGUCAUCUGUAGCGUUGUCGUGUUGCGUGCGUUAAGUGAUAGAAUUCUGGGUGUACGUUUGAAUUUAGUGUCGCCGUCCAUAACCAGUAAGAAACAAGUGAACAUGAGCUACUGCAUCAUAGGCGCCGGCAUGGCAGGAUUGGCUGCCGCACGACGUGUGCUCGAGAUCGGAGCACAGGUUACAAUUUUUGAGCGAAUGGAUCAGCUUGGUGGAACAUGGAUCUACACCGAUGAAGUUGGUGUCGAUCGUUACGGGCUUCCUGUGCAUACCAGUAUGUACCGUGGAUUGCGUACGAACUUGCCCAAGGAGGUAAUGGGAUAUCCGGACUUCCCAAUACCGGCACAACGCGAUUCGUACAUUGUUUCGGAUGAUAUUUUGUCAUUUUUACGCCUGUACGCCGAUCGGUAUCAUAUCAAAGACUGUAUCAAGUUCGAGCAUCAUGUCGUGCAAGUCCAUCCCACGGACGGUGAACGCUGGAUUGUUGAAGUAGAGAAUCUAGCAGAUCAUCAAAAGGAGCAGCAUGUUUUUGAUUACCUGUUUAUCUGUAACGGUCAUUAUCACACUCCGAACGUACCGACAGUGAACGGAAGCGAAAUAUUCCAGGGACAGCAACUGCACAGCCACGAUUAUCGUUGUACUGAACAUUACAAAGACAAAGCGGUGCUCGUUAUAGGCGCAGGUCCUUCCGGUAUGGAUAUAGCACUAGAACUGGCAAAAACAGCGCGCCGUGUAACGAUCAGUCACCACAUGGAGCGACUGACCUUCCCUUUCCCUUCCAACUUGUCCCAACAGUCAGACGUUUCCAUGCUUACGGAAACCGGAGCAAAGUUCACGAACGGAAGUGAGGAGUCAUUCGACGUAGUUCUAUACUGCACAGGUUUCCGAUAUAACUUUCCCUUCCUUGGUGCGGAUUGUGGAAUCGAAGUGCAAGAUAACCACGUACAGCCGCUGUACAAACAUUGCAUCAACAUUAACCACCCGACGAUGGCGUUCAUCGGACUACCGUUCUACGUGUGUGCGGCACAAAUGAUGGAUCUUCAGGUUCGAUUUUGUCUGGCAUACUUGACGGGUAGACAGCAUCUACCACCAGCGCACGAGAUGCUGGAAGAUGCGGCGCAAGAAUUUGAGGAUCGUUUACAGCGCGGAUAUAAGAAAAGACACGCACACAUGAUGGGACCGGAGCAGGGCCGGUAUUAUGACGAUCUUGCAAAGACGGCCCAAAUUGAAACCAUUCCCCUGGUAAUGACCAAACUGCACAACGAAAGCAGUCAACGGUUUGUGGACGAUUUAAUACACUUCCGCAAGGACGUAUUUAGAAUCGUAGAUGACGAAUAUUUCGAAUAUGUAAAGGAAUAAUUGGUCAACAGGUCGAUGCAUUUUAUCUUGUGUCAAGCAGGAACAGCCUAACAUAUAAAAUGAUAGAUAUUUUUCUAUAACGCAGAGUAAAUCGCAAACCGUUUGCUUUUAAUUCAUUAACGUUCAUUUGCGCAUGUGAAGCCGGAAGUUUACUCACAGUCACGCUCUUUGGUUUCCAUUUCUGCCCGUUACGUUAAAAUCAAUAACAAAAGACAGAAACACUUUUGUUUACGUAAAUGUUCGACAAGCGUUUAUAUAAAAAAAAUAAACAAACAAACAUUUUC